CACGUAUCAACCCUCCCUUCCUCCGUACACUCUUGCGUUCGAGCUCUGAUGUGAUGGUCGUCGAGUCUUCGGAGUUCGACGAUCCCGCGAAUCACGACCCGCGUUGCAGACUGCAGUGAUGGCCCAUGGAGUCGGUGGUAUUGGCUUGGUAUAUAUUGAUCCAUGCAUGCUACAUACCACAGUAUAAGCCAAAAUGUUUGUUGCUGUGGCUUUGGCUGCUACGCAGAGUCCGACCUGUCAACGCCUUGACUGGAGAGUUCAUAAACAGAUUCGCGGGAAGGUGCACUCUCCCAUGGUCGAUGCUUCCGUAAGGCGCGAGGUAAGUACCUUUGUUGCUAGAUAUCAUCUUCCCUCUCCCUCCCAACGCUCGCAACCGCAAUCUCAUCGCAUUUCUCUCCGACUGGGCAUGUACACGGUAUAGGAGUACGAAUGGGUCUUCCGCUGGCCGCAACGCACGUCGCCCUCCAAGCCCACUGGAGCCGCACCAUAAUCCGGUCCCACAUCCUGCUCGUCCACGUCCUACACGACGACCGCCUCCUCGGAACCGGGACCCCCUCCCACUUCGAAGUGUCCAAGGUCGAGGUCCUAUCGCACGAACAGACCAAGAGACGCAUGAACGGGGCGUUCAACAACGACCCGCGGGACCUCGCGAGAUGUAUCGAGAUUCAGAACGAGGGCGGGUUGGGCAUGGCGUUGGUUUUGUUUUGUUUUCCUCCGCCGUUGAUCGUGGGCGAUAGGGGACGGUGGAUUUAUUUUCAUGAGAGGUACGAGAUGAACGACAGGAGAGAUGGGAGGUGUGCGAGGUUGGAGGGUGGGAUUAGGGAGGUGGAGGAGGGUGUGAAGGGUUUCAUCAACGGAAUACCGAUGGAGUCGGUGAAGGACGGGGAGAGGUCGGCGGCUAUUACGAAAACUUCGACGAUAGAUCAUUCGAAGACUCCGGGUCUGAGAAGAUGGCAGAGCAAGAAGAAAGCACGCCAGUCUGAGCAGGAAGACGAGGAGGAGAUGAUGGAGGUUGAGGCUCCCGUGCAGAUUGAGGAGGUCGAGUGA